GCUCGCCCAGCCCGACCAGCUCCGCCGCGCAUGCGCCCCGCGCACGCCGGGAGGCACGGGCCCGCCCGGGCGCAGGCGCGGAGCAGGGCGGCGCCCCGGGAGCGGCGGGGCCUGGACGGGGCUGGCCCCGGCUCCGGUCCCGCUCCGGGCCCCGGUCCCGGCCCAAGUGCGGCCAUGGAGGUGCCCAAGGCUAGGUUGGACGGGGCUCUGAGCAAUCUAGGCUAUAAAAGGUGCCCUUGUCCGGCAGGGCGUUGGAUCGAGGGGAUCUGUAGGGUCCCCUGUGAGCCCCACCGUGCCUGUGGUGCGUGUGGCAGCCCCUCCCGUGUGUGCUGCCAGCGGGGGCAAAGCGCCGGGGCCGCCCAACUCAUGGGUGCCUUUUCGGCCCUCCACGGCCUUGCAGAUCUCUCUUGCAGCUUCUUCCUUCCUUUGGCGCCUUCAGGGUCCUCGUCUUCACCUCUGCGCACAUUUUGUUUCUUCUCUGCUCAGAACAUGCAGCUUCCCGGUCGGGGCAGUCGGACGGGUCACGGCGCAGAGGAGUCCCGGGCCCCGUCACUCCGUGACACACAAAGGGAGCGCUUACGGGGACACAGCGGCUUCUCCCGGGAUGAGCUGGGCCAGAGCUCCCUCAGCGCUUCUGCUGACACACAGCAGGUGGAAUCCCAGCUCCAGAGUGCCCUAUGUGCUGGUUUAUAAUGUGACUAGAAGAUCUGGACAACAGUGGAAGUUCCACUGGUGCUGAAACAGUGCCCAUGCACAGCAAGAGCAGGUGCAGCACGGAGCUCCUCACUGCUGGUCACUGAGCUGAGCACAACAGGAAAAAAAAGCCUCUGACAUAAUCCUAGACUGAUUAAAAUGUAAUAUAUUUACUCUCUACAAUGCUGAUGUGGUAAAAAUGAAGCAUAUUGGUUCAAAGUAUAUGGCUUGAGACAGAAGUAGCUUCCUGCCUAGGGAAUUCACACAGGAUGUAGACAGGAAGGAUAUUGUUGGUAAAGUAGAUGAUAACAAAAAGUGAUGC